AUGGACAAGUCCAGUCAGCCGCACAUCGACAUCGACGAGAAGACUAUCCCAGCUCAGCGCGAGCUUCUGUCUGAUGCAGAAGAUGCCAAUAACAACGAACACGAUCUCAGCUUCACGCAAGCCAUCAAGCUCUAUCCCAAGGCUGUCGGGUGGAGUGUCAUGAUGUCGUGCGCUCUCGUCAUGGACGGCUACGAUCUGAAGCUCAUUGGGUCCCUCUUCGCGCAGCCAGCCUUCCAGAAGAGCUAUGGCAAGGAGCAACCCGACGGUACAUACCAAAUUCCAGCGCCGUGGCAGUCUGGGCUCAACAAUGGUUCCAACGUCGGCCAGAUGCUCGGCUUGCUGAUUGCUGGAACCGUGGUGGAACGUUUUGGCUUCCGAAAGACGAUGAUGGGGGCAUUGACUGUGCUGCCAUGCCUCAUCUUCAUUCAAUUCUUUGCACCAAACCUACCGCAGUUGCAGGCCGGGCAGAUCUUGAUAGGCAUGCCGCUCGGCAUGUUUCAGACCGUCACCUGCGUGUACGCCAUCGAGCUUAUGCCAACGAGUCUCCGAGCGUACCUGACCUCGUUUGUGAACAUGUGUUGGCUGCUGGGUCAGUUGGUUGCCUCAGGCACGUUGAGGGGUACGCUAAGCAUGCCCGCUCCAUGGGCAUACCGCGUGCCAUUCGCCGUCCAAUGGGCUUGGCCUAUUCCACUCCUCGUCGGAGUCCUCCUGGCGCCAGAGAGCCCAUGGUGGCUCGUUCGUCAGAAUCGAUUGGAAGAUGCCAAAGCUGUUGUACGCCGCCUCACCUCUCCGAAGCGGAACCCAGACUUUGACAUCGACAAGAACGUUGCUCUAAUGGUCUUGACAACGGAACACGAACGCGAAGCCAACUCGGACACGCGUUUCAUUUCGUGCUUCAAGGGCACCGACCUGCGCCGUACCAUCAUCGUGAUCGGCUGCUACUGCAUGCAGGUGUUGAGUGGGUCUACAUUGCGUUCCUACGCCACAUACUUCCUGCAAUCAGCAGGACUGCCCACAGAUCAGGCUUUCAAUAUGACGAUAGUAGGUUAUGGCCUCGGAAUUGCUGGCGUCAUGGUGUCCUGGCUGCUAAUGCCUCAUGUUGGCCGACGAACGCUGUUCCUCUGGGGCUUAGCAAUCUUGACCCUCAUCAUGCUCUUGGUCGGCGGUCUCGGAGUCGCCCAGCGCUCUCCAUCCACAGUGGACGGUCUGCCGUGGGGCAUCGGCGCUCUCCUGCUUCUGUCGCUCUUCAUCUCGAACGUCGCGGUGGGGCCCGUCUCGUAUGCCUUGGUAUCCGAGAUCCCCUCAUCUCUACUGCGCAGCAAGUCCGUCGUCAUGGCUCGCUUUUGCUAUGCCACCAUCAAUAUCAUCGCCAAUGUCAUUACACCGUACCAAUUGAACCCCUCAGCUUGGGGAUGGGGAGCGAUCAGCGGUUUCUUCUGGGCCGGGUCGGCUGCUAUUGGAUGGGGGUUUACUUAUGUCUUCAUUCCAGAGCCGAAAGGUCGCACCGUUGCAGAGCUUGAUCUGCUGUUUGAGCGGCAGGUACCGGCGAGGAAGUUUGCUAAGACAGAGGUGCGGUUGGUGAUGAUGGUGGGCGGGAAGGCCACAAGCUGA